GUUGUUGCUUCUCAGCCAGGCAAGACUCUUGGACAGCUUGCGAUCGACCAGGAUGGCAAAGAUGUCACCUAUUUCUCAACUAUCAGGUUGGGUUCCAAUUUGAAGCCCUUCAAGAUGGUCAUGGACACAGGCAGUAGCGACCUGUGGGUUCCUGCAGCAGACUGUAAGGACAAGGCUUGUCUGAAUCAUUCAACCUUUGGACCCGAGGACUCUGAUACUUACAGAGCCUCAAAAACGGAUUGGAAAAUUGCUUAUGGUUCCGGCGCAGCAAUGGGCAACUUGGUACAAGACACAAUGCAAUUCGCAGGGCUUGCCCUUGGUCCGGUUACAUUCGGAACCGCUUCACGCUUGACGAACUCCUUUGCAAACUUUCCAGCUGAUGGCAUUAUGGGUCUUGGCGGUAGUAAUUCAUCGACACAGAAGAUCCCAACAAUCAUGGACAAUCUCAUGACCGCAGGGCUUCUGGAGAGGAAGUUGUUUGGAGUGAACUUGAACAGAGCAGCGGAUGAAUCACGAGAUGGGCUCAUCAGUUUUGGCUCAAUUGACGUCUCCAAGUUCGCUGGGCCCCUUGUCUCUGUGCCGAACGUGGCCAAGUCAGGCCUCUGGGAAGCCAAACUUGAUGGCAUCUCGGUCGGAGCUAUGAAAAUCACGAUUCCAGCAGUGGCAACGGGAAUUAUUGACACUGGCACUACACUCUUGAUUGCACCAUCUCCAGUUGCAACAGGAAUACAUGCUGCCAUACCAGACGCGCAGACAGAUACGCAAGGUACUUUUGCUGUCCCCUGUGACACUGCUCUUCACAUUUCUCUGGUCUUUGGUGGACAAGCUUUUCCCAUCGGCCCUAAAGACUACAUCGGGCACACCAUUGAAGGUGUCAACAGUGUUCGACCGCUAUGCUUGUCCAAGAUAUCUGGUCAGACUAUCAAAGGUCCGAACACACUCCUUGUCGGCGAUGUCUUCCUCAAAAAUGUCUACUCUGUCUACGACUUUGACAAGAAUGAGAUUGGCUUUGGAGCAAAA